AUGCGCAGACUCCAGGUUUGAAACCUGCGCACAUCACGUGAUCAGAGAUUAUAAAUAGGUGAGCAACGUGGCACUUUCCAGACAAUUGCGGGAACACCCAAAGCUGGUCCUGUGAGAGGCUUUCUUGUCGUGCUAUUUCUUUUUAAAUCGAUCAAAAUGCGUGAGUGCAUCUCCAUCCACGUUGGUCAGGCUGGUGUCCAGAUGGGCAAUGCUUGCUGGGAGCUUUAUUGCCUAGAACAUGGUAUCCAGCCUGAUGGCCAGAUGCCCUCUGAUAAGACAAUUGGAGUUGGUGAUGACUCUUUUAAUACUUUCUUCAGUGAAACUGGAUCUGGCAAACAUGUCCCAAGAGCUGUAUUUGUUGACCUGGAACCAUCUGUUGUUGAUGAGGUACGCACUGGAGUUUAUCGGCAACUUUUCCACCCAGAGCAGCUUAUUACUGGAAAGGAAGAUGCUGCCAACAAUUAUGCUCGCGGACAUUACACCAUUGGCAAAGAAAUUGUUGAUGUGGUGCUAGACAGGAUCCGCAAACUAGCGGACCAGUGCACUGGGCUCCAGGGUUUCCUUAUCUUCCAUUCAUUCGGUGGUGGCACUGGUUCAGGUUUCACAUCGCUGUUAAUGGAACGCCUCUCAGUUGACUAUGGAAAGAAGAGUAAACUGGAAUUUGCCAUCUACCCUGCACCCCAGGUUGCUACUGCUGUGGUAGAGCCAUACAACUCCAUCCUGACGACUCACACAACCCUCGAACACUCGGAUUGUGCUUUCAUGGUAGACAAUGAAGCAAUUUAUGAUAUAUGUCGCCGGAAUUUAGAUAUUGAAAGGCCUUCUUACACAAACCUCAACAGACUCAUUGGUCAAAUUGUGUCUUCCAUUACAGCUUCCCUCAGAUUUGAUGGUGCCUUAAAUGUUGACUUGACUGAAUUCCAAACUAACUUAGUUCCUUACCCAAGGAUCCAUUUCCCUCUUGUAACUUAUGCUCCCGUAAUUUCGGCUGAGAAAGCAUACCAUGAGCAGUUAUCUGUAGCAGAGAUCACAAAUGCUUGCUUUGAACCAGCCAAUCAAAUGGUAAAGUGUGAUCCUCGACAUGGGAAAUACAUGGCCUGCUGCCUCUUGUAUAGGGGUGAUGUUGUCCCCAAAGAUGUGAAUGCUGCUAUUGCCUCGAUCAAGACGAAGCGUACCAUCCAGUUUGUAGAUUGGUGUCCCACAGGUUUUAAGGUUGGCAUAAAUUACCAGCCACCAACAGUAGUUCCUGGUGCUGAUUUGGCAAAGGUGUCACGCGCUGUUUGCAUGUUGUCGAAUACCACUGCUAUUGCAGAGGCAUGGGCACGUCUUGACCACAAAUUUGAUCUGAUGUAUGCCAAACGUGCAUUUGUUCACUGGUAUGUAGGAGAGGGCAUGGAGGAAGGAGAGUUCACUGAAGCCCGUGAGGAUUUGGCAGCACUGGAGAAGGAUUAUGAAGAAGUUGGCAUGGAUUCUGCUGAUGGCGAAGACAUUGAAGAUGGGGAUGAAUAUUGAAAAUAUUAAGGUGAAAAUUACCUUCCACAUGCUAUUAGUUAAACUGGAGGUAAACAUUCCUGAAGUACUUUUACAUCAAAACAUAUUUUUUCCAAAUAAUACCAUUUUAGUUACAAAAAUAUAUUUUCAUUGAUUUUAUUUUACUUCAAAUAUAUGCUAAAUUUUUCA